AGCGAGGUAAGUGAAAGUGUGGAACUGGUGCCUAUCUCCUCCGUUUUGUUUUUUCACAUCAGAUCGCCGAUCCGAUUCGAAACCCUAACCAGUGAUCGGAUUAGCUUUGUGAAGAAUACAAAGAAAGAUGUGGGGGAUAUUGAGGCAAAAAGUCGGCGCUGGAAGCUCCUCUGCUCUGUCCUUGCAGAGGAUUCGCCCUGUGGCGUCCGCUUUGAGGCAUUAUUCUUCUGCUGCAAAAGAGAUGACAGUCAGAGAGGCUCUAAACUCUGCACUUGAUGAGGAAAUGUCUGCUGAUCCUAAAGUCUUCUUGAUGGGUGAAGAGGUUGGUGAAUAUCAAGGUGCAUACAAGAUCUCUAAAGGUCUUCUGGACAAAUAUGGCCCUGAAAGGGUUCUUGAUACUCCGAUCACAGAGGCUGGGUUUACUGGGAUAGGAGUUGGAGCUGCUUACUAUGGUUUGAAGCCUGUUGUAGAGUUUAUGACGUUCAAUUUCUCAAUGCAGGCAAUUGACCACAUCAUUAAUUCUGCUGCAAAAUCAAACUAUAUGUCUGCUGGCCAGAUAUCCGUGCCCAUCGUUUUCAGAGGACCAAAUGGGGCUGCUGCUGGUGUUGGUGCUCAGCACUCUCAUUGUUAUGCAUCAUGGUAUGCCUCAUGUCCUGGAUUGAAAGUGCUUGCUCCUUAUUCAUCUGAAGAUACUCGCGGAUUGCUGAAAGCUGCCAUAAGAGACCCUGAUCCUGUUGUUUUCCUUGAGAAUGAGUUGUUGUACGGUGAAUCAUUUCCUGUUUCAGCUGAAGCUCUUGAUUCUAGUUUUUGCCUUCCAAUAGGGAAAGCUAAGAUUGAGAGAGAAGGAAAAGACGUGACUAUUACUGCUUUUUCAAAAAUGGUGGGCUAUGCUCUCAAGGCUGCCGAGAUACUUGAAAAGGAAGGAAUCAGCACUGAGGUAAUUAACUUGCGGUCAAUUCGGCCACUAGAUAGAUCCACAAUCAACGCUUCAGUCAGGAAAACCAACAGACUGGUAACAGUUGAAGAAGGAUUUCCUCAGCAUGGUGUCGGUGCUGAAAUCUGCGCAUCUGUUGUUGAGGAUAGCUUUGGCUAUCUUGAUGCACCAGUUGAAAGAAUUACGGGUGCUGAUAUUCCCAUGCCUUAUGCAGCUAACUUGGAGAGGAUGGCUGUCCCUCAGGUUGAAGAUAUAGUUCGCGCAGCAAAGAGAGCAUGCUACAGAGCUGUGCCUGUGGCUGCGACUGCUUAGUUUUCGUCAACUUCAUCCACAAAUCAUCUCCCUGCCCCCGGUGAUGGACUGUAUAUUAUUUCUCUUCACAUCAUGUUACGGUGAGGAAACAUGGUUGUCAAAUAACUUGGAGAACUUUGACAGUUGCGAGAAAAAAAUUUUGUGGCUCUCUUUUGUUCGUUUAUAUUUUGGCAGUCAACAUGAGACUGUUCUACUCAGGCAGCGAUUUUCAAAAAAAAAAAAAAAAAAAAAAAAACCUUUGAUUCUCCAACACAAAGGCUUUCGGGAAGGUCUUCAAAUGCUGUUUUUGGUGAUUGGCUUCCGAUGAAUUUUUUGUUCUUAAUGGUGACUCAAUUGAGACAUCCACAUUCCUGAUUUAUGUACCGUGCAUCUCCAAUCUAAGGUUUGUUAUAACUAAUUCAUAAUAAGAGGAAUAAAUGAUUGACAACAAA